UCUUCCCGCUUUGAGCUCGAGCAGCUCCGAAUGCCGUUUGGCGGAUGACAGUUUGUUUUCAAAGAGGGCCUGUAUGACAACAAUAACGAACAUUUACGCUCCUGAACACGUCAGUACACUGCCUUCUCGUCAAGAUGAGGCUGCUUAUUUCAAAAUGUGCGCGUUUGGUGAGAAAUGAGCCAAAGGAUGUGAAUCCUGGCGACCUGUCUGUGUACAGCAGCUGAAGGAAGGAGUGCAGUUCAAACAAGCAUGAGGCUACUGGUCUCCUCGCCACAACAACAAACACGCAUUUCCCUUAUGGAAUUUUAACCCCAACAGGAGUACAGACUGCCUCGGUCCACAAACAAUCAGGCAUGAAUGAACACACACAGAUAUAACAGCCCCUCCCUUUGGUUCAACACCAGAACGGUCCUUGAAUAACGAGCAAAAAAGUAGAGAGAUACCAAGAGAGAUUGAGGGUCCCAUGUGCCAUUGGGCCGAGGGGCUUUCGCCAUGAGCAGUACUCUGGGCAAAGAUAAAGACUCUAAGGAGAGGGAACCCAAAGCUGAAGGGAAAUCCAAAACCAAAGGGAAAGAUGCCAAAGAUGGGAAGAAAGACACAAGCGGUGCUUCGCCUGCGGUGGCCUUUACUUUGGAUAGUACGAUAAAGCGCCCCAACCCGCCACCUAGCACGCGCAAAAAAUCCAGCAAUGCAGAGGUCAUCAAGGAACUUAACAAGUGCCGCGAGGAGAACUCAAUGCGCCUGGACCUGUCCAAGAGAUCCAUCCAUCUGUUGCCCUCCUCCAUCAAGGAGCUGACCCAGCUGACCGAGCUCUACCUGUACAGCAACAAGCUGCAAAGCCUUCCGCCAGAGGUGGGAUGCCUGUCGGGACUGGUGACGCUGGCACUCAGCGAGAACUCUCUCACCAGCCUACCCGACUCGCUGGACAACCUGAAGAAGUUGCGUAUGCUUGACUUGCGGCAUAACAAACUACGGGAGAUCCCCGCUGUGGUCUACCGUGUCAGCUCCCUCACCACGCUCUACCUGCGCUUUAAUCGUAUCACCACAGUGGAGAAGGACAUCAAGCACCUGUCCAAACUCACCAUGCUCAGCAUCCGAGAGAACAAAAUUAAACAGCUGCCCGCAGAGAUUGGUGAGCUUUGUAACCUGAUUACGCUGGAUGUAGCCCACAACCAGUUGGAGCACCUUCCUAAAGAUAUUGGCAAUUGCACUCAGAUCACCAACCUCGACCUGCAGCACAACGAACUUCUUGACCUACCUGAAACUAUAGGUAACCUGUCAAGUAUAAACCGUUUAGGCCUGAGGUACAACCGUCUAUCAGCAAUCCCUCGAUCUUUAGCCAAGUGCCGAGAGCUGGAAGAGCUCAACCUCGAAAACAACAACAUCUCAGUGUUACCAGAGGGGCUGCUCUCCAGCCUGGUGAACCUGACAAGUCUGACGCUGGCACGGAACUGCUUCCAGUCUUACCCAGUGGGCGGCCCGUCCCAGUUCUCCACCAUCUACUCUCUAAACAUGGAGCACAACCGUAUCAACAAGAUCCCUUUUGGCAUCUUUUCCAGAGCCAAAGUGCUCAGCAAGCUCAAUAUGAAGGACAACCAGCUAACGUCCCUCCCGCUGGAUUUUGGGACAUGGACCAGCAUGGUGGAGCUGAACCUGGCAACAAACCAGCUCACCAAGAUUCCAGAGGACAUCUGUGGACUUGUGUCUUUAGAGGUCCUCAUAUUGUCCAACAAUCUCCUGAAGAAGUUGCCUCAAGGGAUUGGGAAUUUACGGAAAUUACGAGAGCUUGACUUGGAAGAAAACAAACUGGAGUCUCUCCCGAAUGAGAUUGCCUACCUUAAAGAUCUACAGAAACUUGUGUUGACCAAUAAUCAGCUGACCACUUUGCCAAGAGGGAUCGGUCACCUGACCAACCUGACAUACCUGGGUUUGGGAGAGAACCUACUGCAGCACCUACCUGAAGAGAUUGGUACACUGGAGAACCUUGAGGACCUGUACCUUAAUGACAACCCCAACUUGCAUAGUCUACCAUUUGAGUUGGCUCUGUGCAGUAAGCUGUCCAUCAUGAGCAUAGAGAACUGCCCCCUCAGCCACCUCCCGCCCCAGAUCGUCGCUGGAGGCCCUUCAUUCAUCAUCCAGUUCCUCAAGAUGCAGGGACCUUACCGUGCCAUGGUCUGAGACACCCUGUCUGAGGCUCACACACUGUACAAACAAAACCAACAAAGAGGAAAAACAACAUUGCUAUUCAAUGUAAUUUUUGAAGAUAUCGUCAUCAUUAUAUCUAGGACAGGACUCUAUAACUGGGUUCCAGAUGGAGGAAUCAUAGCCAGUUAGGUCCCCUUUACCACACAGUCAAGUAGAAAACAAUGUCUAGGCUUCUGUUGCCUGAAUUAAUGAUUAUAUACAUUAGUGAUUCUAAGAAAAGAGGCGCUCUUCAAAUGUUCAAAUAAUCUUGCCAAUUUAUCGAAAGUCAUUUUAGUGGUUUUGAUGCCAGGAAACAGUUGUAUGCAAAAACAAAACAUUUUUUUACAACUUAAUUUUUUGCUGCUGCUGCCGCAAUACUGUAUGUUGGUUUGUUUUAUUUUUUUUAGCCACAGAUCUUUUUUUUUUUUUUUUUUUUUUUUUUAUCCCACAACCAAAAGAUUUUUAUUGUACAGAGGACAUGUUUGGAAGCAGUCUUAAAAUUUUAGUGUUGAUUUUUUUUAUGAUUAUUAUUAUAGAAAUUGUGCCUUUUCAGUGCAGUUGGGUGGUUUGUGUCUGAACAUAAUUAUCCAAGAUGUUUUAAUACAAAAAGGAUGAAUUUGCAGAAGUAUCAUUUAUUCAGUAAUUCUUUUUAUUUUUUUUAUUUUUUAUUUUUUUGUAACUGUUGCUGAUUGCUUUGUCAGUUGCUUUUUUUUUUUUAAAUAUUCAUUCCUCUUAUAUGUUGGGCUACGCUUGACAUUUAAAAUGUAUAGAUCUGCGAUUCCCAGUGAUUCUUUAGUUUUCUGCGUUAUCAAACUGUGAAAACAAAGCAACAUAGUUGAAUGAAACAUUUAAAUGAAUUGACAGCAAUCUGGUUAAGGUAAAUGGUUAGGUCUUUCGAACUAGAGGGGUGAUUGUAACAAAACCUGUUAAGGAAAUAUCCUGGUCCUAUUUUACUCCAAAAUCAAAAGAGACAAAUACUAAUUUAUAUUUUGCAUACAAAAAAAGUCUGCCUAUUUUGAGGGACAUUAAGACUUUUAUUUUCAUUCACAUUUUUUUCAUGACACAUCUCCCCCCCCCAUUAAGAGUAAACUGUCCAGAUGUGUUACAAGAAUGAGAAUUGUCAUUGAAAAUAAUAGGAAUAUUUUAAGUAAAAUGUCAGGACGCGUUACGGUAAUAAGAAUCAUCAUUAAAAUCAAUGGGAAUGGUAAAAGUAAAAUGUCCGUAUGUGCUACGGUAAUGAGAAUUAGCAUUGAAAACAAUGGAAACAGUAAAAGUAAAUAUCUAGAUGCAUUGUGGUAAUGAGAAUUAUCAUUUAAAACAAUGGGAAUAGUAAAAGUAAAACAUCCAGAUGCAUUACGGCAAUGAGAAUCGUCAUAGAAAUCAGUGGGAACAGUAAGAGUAAAAUGUCCGGACGUGUUACGGUAAGGAAAAUCAUCAUUUAAAACAAUGGGAAUAGUAAAAGUAAAACACCCGGUAGCAUUAUGGUAAUGAGAAUCAUCACUGAAAUCAAUGGGAACAGUAAAGGUAAAACAUCCAAAUGCAUUACGGUAAUAAAAAUUGUCACUGAAUUCAGUGGAAACAGUAAAAGUAAAACAUCCGGAUGUGUUACGGUAAUGAGAAUCAUCAUUGAAACCAAUGGGAACAGUAAUGGUAAAACAUCCAAAUGCAUUACGGUAAUGAGAAACAUCAUUGAAAUAAAUGGGAAGAGUAAUGGUAAAACAUCCAAAAGCAUUACAGUAAUGAGAAUCGUCAUUGAAAUCAAUGGAAACAGUAAAACAUCCGGACGAAUUAUGAUAAUGAGAAUCGUCAUUUAAAACAAUAGGAACAGUAAAAGUAAAACAUCCAGAUACAUUACAGUAAUCAGAAUCAUCAUUGAAAUUAAUGGGAAUACUAAAAGUAAAAUGUCCGGACAUGUUACAGUAAUUAGAAUCGUCAUUGAAAUCAAUGGGAAUAGUACAAGUAAAAUGUCCAGACACUUUACAGUAAUAGAAAUCAUCAUUGAAACGUCCUGAAAAUAAUGUCACAAUGCAAAAAAUCUGAAUUUUCUGUAUGCAAAUAUAGUUAAAAAAAAACUUUGUGAUUUAAGGCUAAAUAUGACCAGCAUAUUUUCUUGACAGUUUUCAUGAUUAUCACCCAAAGGGGAAUGUCAUUCAAAGCAACCAUUCUGAAUCAGUUUAAAGGUGCGCUAUGACUCUGGGUCUCUGUCCGGCUGGAGUUUUGAUUGGUAUUAUGUUUACUUGUCUGCCAUAUCCACAGUGUUGUGCUCUGCUUGAGUCCUAUUGGUGAGAGUUUGCAUCUACAAAUCAGGUGCUGUGAACAAUGCUAGCCGUUAACGACAGAUCUGGAGGCCCACAUUUACUGUGAGGAAUGCCCAAAACACCCAUUUACAUCAGUUCUCUUCAUUAUUUCUUGACAGAAUCACCAGUAAUGGUCAUUGAAUCUAGGACUGGUUGAGUUUCUGCUUUUUACAUUUUUCCAGGACACUGAACCUCUACAUUCAAAGGAUCUUAAUUUUGUUUGCACCAUUUGUUUCAUACACCACACCUCUUAUGCUGCUGCUUUUAAUGCACUUUGUAUUGAUAUUUGGCAUCCACCUCAAGUAAAAGGGUCACAAUAUUUCAUGUUACCAAUUAAAUGUAUGGAUGGGGGCAUUUUUUAUUAUAAUGAUUAUUUCUGAAGUAUUUUAUCAUUUAUUUUAAUUUUCUAUCAUGUAUAUUUUAUAACAAUGAAUGAGAAAAGUUUGCCUCAGCAAAUUCAAAAGCUAUUAUGAACCUUAUUUCUUUGAUUUUUGAGGCUUUCAUGCUAUCUCUUUAUUAAAUGUUUUGAUUUGAACUUUUCUGCCUGGCUAGUUUGUGAUUCUGAAUAUUUAAAAUGCAUAUCAUUGGUUUCAAAUGGUGCAAAUCAUCAAAGUAUUCAAAUUAAAGCCCAUUAUGUUUUGAUUAUACAAACUUUUUAAAAGGUGGAAUUUCAUUUGGUGUAGUAUUAUAUCAAGUGACUGUAAAUUUACAACUCCACUCUAGUUUAUCAAGCCAAAUGUAUUCCUGUUAGUGUUGCGUCCAUGCAGUUAUUUUAUUAUUAUUAUUAUUAUUUUAAGUUCCCACUUUCCCUUUUCAUUUAUAAAGACAUUGUCUGCAUUGGCAGCAGUGUAAAGAUCUGCAGCCACUAAGAGUCUCUCAGAGGCCCUUCAUGUUCGUGGGGCCUCAUUCGGCAUGAAGAAAGGACACAAAUCGCUGCUUUUUAUCAACCAGCAGAACCUGUUGCUGCUUUCUGGACCUCCUAAAAACGUAAUGCUGUAAAAGAACCGAGACGUUACAGACUGAGAUCUCGGCCGGUUCUACCAGCACAGAUGUUCUGUUACUGAUGAAAUCCCUCUGGACCCGUUCGGCCAAUACGCAGACGCUGAAUACAAACAUUGUAAAAAGGGCUUUCUCUGUUCAUGCUUAACUAUACACCAGAGGCAUUGCAUUCCUGGUUUUGUAUAAAAGCUUGGAACUGUAAUUUUUUUUGUUUGUUGUUUGUUUGUUUGUUUUGUGCGUGUGUAUGCGUGAGUGUGUGAGGGAAUAGUUAGAUGUUAAAAUGGAAUUAUUAUGUGACAAUAAAUGCAUGUGAUGAGUGCUUCAAGUGAGAUGUGCAUUAUGGAUACGCCAUUGUGACGUGUUCCAUUUAAGUUUUCUGUUUUUGUUUUUUAGCAUUUAUGUGCCAUUUAUGCAGGGCUGAUUUGAAAGUCGGCUAACAGUUAUAUCGGUCAAUUUUAGACGAGAGAGCAUUUAUCGCAAAUAAGGAAUGUAGUCACACACACACACACAAAAUACAUUAAAAAAAUGAAAUAACGUACUUUUGAAUUGUAAUCAGCCAGAGUGGCGAUUCUGAUUUUAUAUUGUUCUGGUGAAUCCAUAUGAUUUGAGCAUAAGGGUAUGGUUUAUUUUUCUAUUGUCUGUGCUUUUAGGUCAUAGCAACUGUAUAAAUGAAAUUCAUUUUCCAUGUUUGAUUGUUUUGAUUUUGUUUUAUUGUAGGAAUGAGGAAUGUAUAUUUCCUGCUUUUUUCUUGCCUUUCCAUGUAUAGGAAACAAGCAUGUUAAUUUUCUUUCUUUUAGAUUCAUUAUUGUCUGGGUGGACAGGGGUUAAAAAACCAAUACAAAAGAUAAAAUGUUGCUCUUUCUUAACUGCAAAAUGUUUUUCUUUUACUUCUUAGGGUAUCAAAAGUGUUGUGCAGACAUGUCUAGCCUUUCUCUUGAAAAACAGCCUUUAAGAUGCAUCUCUUGGUUUCUCUUUUCUUUCUAACUCAGCCAGACUGAGUAAUAGGACCAUCUUCCAUCAGAUCAAGUCUUUGCUUUGAGAAGCAUUCUUCAAAUAAAUGUUCAUUUGACUGCCUUA